AUGGUGCUCGGGAAGAUGAAGGACGUGGCCGAAUCCUACCUUGGCCAGAAGGUCAAGCAUGCCGUCGUCACUGUGCCGGCCUACUUCAACGACAAGCAAAGAAAAGCAACCAAAGACGCCGGCACCAUCGCGGGCCUCAACGUCGUCCGUGUCGUCAACGAGCCCACGGCGGCAGCACUCGCCUAUGGAAUUGACAAAGACGAAGGCGAGCGCACAGUCCUAGUGUACGACCUCGGCGGCGGCACCUUCGACGUCUCCCUCGUCUCCGUCGAGGAAGGCAGCUUCCAGGUCCUCGCAACAGCGGGCAAUACCCGCCUGGGCGGCGAAGACUUUGACAACCGCGUCAUCAAGCACCUCGCCAAAGCCUUCAAAGCCAAGCACGACCUCGACCUGACGAGCGACGCUAAGGCGAUGGGUAAACUAAAACGCGAGGCCGAGAAGGCUAAGCGCGCGCUCUCGUCGCAGCUCUCGACCCGGGUGGAGAUCGAGGGCUUGUUUGGGGGGUUGGAUUUCUCCGAGACGUUGACGAGGGCGAAGUUUGAGCAGCUGAACGGGCAGUUGUUUAAGAAGACGCUGGAUUCGGUUAAGCAGGUGUUGAGCGACGCGAAGGUGGAUAAGGCGGAUGUGACGGAUAUCGUGUUGGUGGGCGGGUCGACGCGGAUUCCUAAGAUUCAGGGGUUGGUUGAGGAGUUCUUUGGGAGGAAGGCGAGUGGGGGAGUUAACCCCGAUGAGGCCGUGGCUUUUGGCGCUGCUAUUCAGGGAGGGGCUUUUGAGCGUCAAUUACUCAUGGAUGUGAACCCUCUUACGCUAGGAAGCGAGACCGCAUUAGAAGAAGAGGGGAUGCGUCGAUCUCAAAUAUUUUCCACCACGGGUGACAACCAGCCUUCGGUCAUGAUCAAAGUCUACGAGGGCGAGAGAUCGAUGACCAAGGACAAUAACCUUCUCGGUACAUUUGAGCUCACGGGUAUACCGCCAGCUCCACGCGGAGCCCCCCAAAUUGAGGUUUCAUUUUCCGUCGAUGCCAAUGGCAUCCUCGAGGUUUCAGCCCAGGAUAAGGGUACUGGGCGCAAGGAAACAAUCACGAUCAACAACGAUAGCGGCCGCUUGACCAAGGACGAAAUCGCACGUAUGAUGGCCGAGGCAGACAAGUUCGCCGACGAGGAUAAGGAGGCUCGGGAACGUAUCGAGGCGCGAAACGGCCUCGAAAACUACGCUUUUAGCUUGAAGAACCAGCUUGAGGAUGCCAUUGGGCUCGGAGGAAAGGUUGAUGAAGAUGAGAAAGAAACUCUCCGGGAGGCCGUGAGAGAAGCGACGGCCUGGAUCAACGAGCACGGGGCGACGGCGACCGCUGAUGAUUUCGCCGAGCAGAGAGAAAAGUUGUCCGAUGUCGCACAUCCUAUUACUAGCAAACUCUAUGAUGGUGGCGACGCCGGCGGCGAUGAGUACGACCAGCUCGAGGACCACGACGAGCUCUAA